AUGAAUGACAGGUAUCACAAGGCGGCCCGGGAUGGCUACCUGGACCUGCUGAAAGAGGCUACGCGGAAGGACUUGAACGCGCCGGAUGAAGAUGGCAUGACACCGACGUUAUGGGCCGCUUAUCAUGGCAACUUGGAGGCUCUACGACUUAUCGUGGGCAGAGGAGGCAACCCUGAUAAGUGUGACAUAUGGGGGAACACACCUCUCCACCUGGCAGCCGCCAACGGCCACCACAACUGCCUGUCCUUCCUGGUGUCCUUCGGUGCCAACAUGUGGUGCCUGGACAACGACUACCACACGCCCCUGGACAUGGCCGCCACCAAAAGCCACAUGGACUGUGUCCGCUACCUGGACUCGAUUGCCGCCAAGCAGUCGGCCCUUAACCCCAAGCUGGUGGGGAAGCUGAAGGAGCGGGCUUUCCGCGAGGCCGAGAGGAGGAUUAAGGAGUGUGUGAAGCUGCAGCGGAAACACCACAAGCGCAUGGAGCGCAAGUUCCACAAAGAGGCGGCGUCGGAGCAGUCCAUGUCAGACGCCAUGAGCUUCUCCAGCUACACAAGCAGCUCAGUGAGCCGCAAGCUGCACCACCUAAACACCACCACUGUCAGUGUGCCAUACUCUCAGGCUACUCUUCACGCCACAACCCGAGGCAAGACCAAGAUCCAGAAGAGGUUGGAGAAGAGGAAGCAAGGGGACGGGACCUUCAAGAUCUACGAGGACGGCAGGAAGAGCGUGCGCUCCCUCUCGGGCCUCCAGCUGGGCAACGAUGUCAUGUUCCUUAAACAGGGAACCUAUGUCGGCCCUCGGGACCGCGCAGGGCGCCGCGGAAACCUCCGAGACAUAUUCCACGGAGACGCCAACGACGACGCCAUCUCUCGUGCCAUCAGCGAGCCGGACUUGUCUUACCGGCCCAACAUGGAAUACUCUGAGGUCAGCACCGACUCGGGCCACGACUCUCUCUUCAACCGGCCCGGUCUGGGAACCAUGGUGUUCCGACGCAACUAUAUCAGCGGCGGCCUGUUCGGCAUCGGCGGGCGCGACGAGGGGAGCCUCAGCGGAGGAACCGAACGGGCUGGCAGCGCCAACGUGCGGCUGCGCAGCCGGCUGCGGCGUUCGCCCAGCCUGGACGAUGGGGGGGACAGCAUCGGCAGUGCCCGCAGCCUCCAGGAAAGGAACCGCCAGGAUCUUCCCUGGGACGAGGUGGAGCUGGGGCUGGAUGAUGACUGCGAGGCCGUCACCAGCCCGUUGGAGGUGUUCUUGGCUGCGCAGACCAUGGGCGAGUUCCUCACUGUCUUCAGGCGGGAGAAGAUUGACCUGGAGGCGCUGCUGCUGUGCUCGGACCAGGACCUCAAGAGCAUCCACAUCCCCCUGGGGCCCAGGAAGAAAAUCCUGGAUGCCUGCAAGAGACGUCUGGAGACCCUUGAGGACCCUGACUACAUCGAGGACACCCUGCUGUGA